GGAAUAUUCACACUGUGUAUCACACGGAUUUAAGGCUUUAUAAGUGAUGUGUCUAAAUAGUGCAAAAUGAAGUGCCUUUCUUCUAUAUUUUUACUAUUGAUUUUUGUAUACAACUGUAACGCAGAUUGUGGGAAUCUUGAUUCUGAAAUUAAAACUGAUGACACAAAUGGAGAAUUUUAUAAUAUAGAUUUCAAUGGAACAGGCGAAUGUUCCUGUUCAUUUCUAAGAACUAUACAGCCAAGUGGGAAUGUUUAUCUCUUAAAAGACCUUCGGAUAUCAACAAAGAUUGAAAAUGGAAAACUGAUUUUAACUAAAGAUAACUUUGACUUAAUUGAUCAUAUUAUAGUGGAGAAGUAUGAGUUUGUAGCGGCAUCAUUUCAGUGCGGUGAUGCACAACCAGUAAUAACUAUAUCUGACCACAAUGAUUAUAUUCCGACAUUUUCUCAAAAAGAAUAUAAUUUGAAAUUACCCAUGCCCAUAGUCAAAGGCGUAGAUAUUACUUUGAUGAGCACAGAAAUUAAAAUAAAUGAUCAAGACUUUUCUAACUCUAAAAUGACACUAGAAGUUGAUCAAUAUGCUAGCAUGUUUGAGUUGGAUUCAACAAAAAAUGUAAAAGAUUAUAUUGUGUCUAUAAAGACAAUCGACUUACUCAGUUUGAUGGAGCCAAUAUCUUUCACAUUAACAGCGACAGAUAGUGCUAAGGAACCGAAAUCUGGCAAUACUAAAAUUACGAUUGAAAUAGACAAAGAGGAUAGUAUCUUAGAUAAACCAAACUUCGAUAAACCUUCGUACACUUUUUCUUACACGAACACUAAUGGGGACCCCAAAUGUACCAUAACCGAAGGACCAAUUUUAAUACAAACCCACUAUCCAGAGAAGACAGUUAUUGAAGCAGAUAAUAGCGUAGUAAAGUGUGAAAAAGCCACAAAAUCUGACAAGCAAAUUGAGGUAACGUGCAGCUGCGUGUCGUCUAUCGAAGACUCACCGACGCUGGUGGCCCUGAAAGCCACCACCUCGGACACGGCUGAAGCGACGCUGAUCAUCAACAGGGCGGAUUAUACAAAAGGCCCGGAGUUCGAACAAAGUUAUUACACGGCAACGUACGAAAAUCACCAGGUGGUACUGAAAGAUGAUGUCAAGACGCUUUCAGUAGCUGAUAAAGUCGAAGUAUCCGAUGACUCCAAGGGAGCCUUUAGUGCUUCAUAUGAAAUUAGUACUAAAACAGUAAAGGUUACGGUGGAUGAAACAAAAAUUGGGGCAGAUGAUUAUUUAAUUGUUGGAUUGAAUGCUUAUAUCGGAACCGCUGUGUCAAGUACCACAUUUAUCCUCGAAAUUGAUCAACCAACUCCAAACUUCGAUAAGCCAUAUUAUACUGGCAAAUUAUCUGACCAAGAGCUGUCAGGGCUUGAUUCCAUAGUAAUUCAAUAUACUGGCAUUGGUACUCUUGAAGCACCGAAAGUCGAUUCAGCAAAUAUCGACGUAAAGUAUUUUAAAAUUUCUUCCAAUGGUAAUGGUGGGUAUUCUCUCCAACUGGAAACUAUACCAGACGAUGUCCUAAGUAAUAUCAACGAAAUCGUUGCAAGUUUGUCAGUCAGUGUGACUGAUAGAAGUGAUAAAACAUCUAAAGCAGUCGUUGUUAUUAACUUGCCAACUAGUUCCGACCAAGAAGCUCCUAAGUUUGUUAAAGACUACUAUACAGGUGAUUACACCAAAGAUGGAAAAAUUAAAAACCUGGAAGAUAUCACUUUAAGCAAUAGCGAUUUGGGUACUCUCACUGCGACUUUAACUUCAGUUGAUAUAUCUAACAUCAAUGAGUACAUUAGUGCAAGCUGCGACAACACGGCCAAAACAUGCAAUCUGGUUUCCAAUAAGCCUCUAGAUAUUACUCAAAUCGACGGUAAAACAGAACUAAUUCUGGUGCUUAAAGUAACAGAAGAAGAUAAUACUAAUACAGGCAAAGUAUCAAUAAUUCUGACCCUUCCGUCCAAUGAUGACUCCUCAGCACCGAAGUUCGAUAAUCUGUAUUAUAAGGCAUCUUAUUCCACAGAUGACCACAAACUUACCCACGAUAAAAUCGUUAUUAAAGAUUACGUUAAUGAAUUAACUUUAUCUUUUAUGUGGAAUGAUAAAUCUAUUAAUGACUACUUGGAAGCAACUGUAGAUGAAAAUGGUGUUUGCACGAUUACCUCUAAAGAGUUUACUGAUGACAUGUUGAAAAACACUGAACUAUUAGUAACAGUGACGGUUUCAGAAGCUGAUAAUACUAACACCGGAAAGACUGUUUUAGUAAUUACACUACCUCAAACUACAGAACUAGACGUUCCUUCAUUUGACAGUUCAAUAUACAAAGCAGAAUACUCCAAAGAAACAGGCCUCUCACUAGAAUCUGACAUCAAAGUUGAAAGUAAAGAUUUCAAAGCUGUAACAUUUAGUUUAAGUGUACAAGAGGAGGUUGAUAUUAAUCAAUAUCUUUCAUUUUCUUUGGACUCAAAAACUGGUCUUUUAAGUAUAACCGCCUCAGACUUCCCUACUGGUUAUUUCGACAAUGUCGCUUAUGUAACAAUAUCAGCCAAAAGUACAACAAAUGAAAUAUCAGCAAAUUGCGUUUUAAUAAUAUCUCUACCGGAAAAAACUACAGAAAAAGCACCAGAAUUUUCGUCGGCGUCUUAUAGAGGAAACUAUGUCGAGGAUGAGUCAACAAUUUCAUUAAAUGAAACAAUAACUAUAACAAAUACACCGACCCAAGUUGACCUGUACGGAGAAUACAGUGAAAGUUUCAAAGCUAAACAAAUUGAUGAUUCCAAUAAAUGGCAAAUUACGGUUGAAAAACCAUUAGAUGAGUUGGUACUCUUUAACCAAUAUAUUACUCUGGACCUCAUAGCAAGUAAUGAGAACGGCAAAUCUAAGGCCACUUUGAUUCUGAAUUUACCAGGUUACACGUCCAAAUUUGACAAAGCAACGUACUCUGCUACUUACACCGAAGAAAACAAGUUCACUGUUGACAGUAUAAAUAUUGAGCACUUCAAAGACGGUGUGGAACCCAACAUUGAAGAUUCGAAUUACAAACAAUAUUUCAAAAUAUCCCGGUCAGAAAAAACGGUGAAAUUAGAAAAGUCCAAAGACCUGACUGAUGAUAUUCUGAAGAAGAGUUUUAUUACACUCAAUCUACAACUCAUUGAAGACAACAAUGUAAUCGACACUUCGGUGGUCACUGUGAGCUUACCCUCUAAUGGGGGUGGAAACGAUGAUGAUGGUGAUGAUGACGAAGUUGAAAAGAAGGACCAACAAAUUAUAGGAUACAUUGUUGCAGUCGUUAUAUUAUCGGUCUUGUUACUUGCAGGAAUGGGUGGAUUCCUUGCAUUUUAUUUUUUAAAAUUCAGAAAAUUGAAUAACGUUAGUCAAUUUGAUAACUCAAGAGAUUCAAUUGACAGAAAAGAAACAUUUAAAAAGGAUACAGAAAACAGUGGAGUUCGAUUUAAUGAAGAUAAUAUAACUGCGACAACCAACCCUAAUAACUUAGAUUCGAAGGAAAGUUCAGUUGCUCAAAGAAGACCUACUGGAGCUCCAAUGACACGAAUGCCUAUUGAAGACGAUGAAGACGAAGAUUUGGAAACACCCAAAGCUGUAAAAUUCGACGAAGAAGUAGAGGAAGUUCUUAUUGAGCCCUCAAGUCUUCAAUUUGAUGAUGAAAAGGGGGAAAACACGUCUCAUUCGUAACUUUUUACUUUAAGAAUAUUUAUGUAUUGUACAUAAUAGUUUUAUUAUUUAGUUGUAAAAUAAGUCUUGUAAAAUUUUCCCAAAAUAUUACUUAGUAUUACCUGAAAAAUGGAUACUCUCCUAGUGGUAAUUUUAAUAUUUGCAACUACUUACAAAAGUUAGAACCUGGCAUAAAAUUUAAAAUACGUUAUUCACAACUGUAAAUAUGUAUGUAAAUAUAAAAUGAAUUAAAUUAUAAAACAUUU